GAGAGAAAGAAACUGCUUCGUUCGCUCCCAUAUCUCUGUGGCUCUUCGCGAGAAGAUUGGGGUUAGAAUGAGUGGAUAUUCAUUCUACCAGAGGGCCUCUAGAGCCUUUCGUGACUAUCCUUCGCUCACGAAGCUUGUCGUUGUCUUCACAGCCAGUGGUGGAGGCUUGAUAGCUUUUUCUGAUGCCAAAUCACCCCAUAGCGCUUGUGCCUACGCCGAUGCCGUUGCCGUUGAUGGUGACCGCAAGAAAAAGAGGGUGGUAAUACUCGGAACGGGCUGGGCGGGAACAACUUUUCUGAAAAAUCUGAAACAUCCUUCCUAUGACGUUCAAGUGGUGUCACCUCGUAACUAUUUUGCAUUUACUCCUUUGUUACCAAGUGUUACAACAGGCACAGUCGAAGCAAGAAGCAUUGUGGAACCACUUCGCAACAUUGUUAAGAAGAAAGCUUUAAAUGUUCAAUUCAGGGAGGCUGAAUGUUACAAGAUAGAUGCAGUAAACAAAAAGGUCUACUGUCGAUCAAAUCAAGAAAAUAAUCUGGGUGGGGUAGAAGAAUUUACAGUGGAUUAUGACUACUUGGUGAUAGCCAUGGGAGCCCGUGCUAAUACAUUCAACACUCCCGGUGUCGUGGAGAAUUGCCACUUCUUGAAGGAAGUAGAAGAUGCUCAGAGAAUCCGGAGGACAGUAAUUGACUGUUUUGAGAGGGCAUCUCUUCCAAAUAUAAGCGAGGAAGAAAGGAAGAGAAUUCUACAUUUUGUGAUUGUUGGCGGUGGUCCAGCAGGAGUGGAGUUUGCAGCUGAGCUUCAUGACUUUGCCACUGAAGAUUUGGCCAAGUUAUAUCCUCUUAUUAAAGACGAUGUCAAAAUAACACUUCUUGAGGCUGCAGAUCAUAUACUAAACAUGUUUGACAAAAGAAUUACUGCUUUUGCUGAAGAGAAGUUUCAAAGAGAUGGCAUUGAUUUGAAAACCGGUUCAAUGGUUGUAAAAGUUACCGACAAGGAACUCUCUACUAAAGUAAUGGCAACCGGUGAAAAUAAAUCUAUCCCAUAUGGAAUGGUUGUCUGGGCAACUGGGAUUGGAACUCGCCCUGUCGUAAUGGAUUUUAUGAAGCAAAUUGGUCAGGGUAGUAGGCGUGUUUUAGCGACUGAUGAGUGGCUGAGGGUGGAUGGAUGUGAUAGCAUAUAUGCACUAGGGGAUUGUGCCACAAUAAAUCAACGUAGAAUCAUGGAAGACAUUAUGGCGAUAUUUAACAAGGCAGACAAAAACAAAACUGGUACGCUGACUGUGGCAGACUUCCAAGAUGUCAUAGGCGACAUAUGUGAAAGGUAUCCUCAAGUGGAGAUAUAUUUGAAGAGGAAGCAGUUGAAAAAUUUUGUCCAUUUACUGAAAGAUUACCAAGGGAAUGCCCAAAAGGAAAUCAUUGAUAUUGAACUAUUCAAAGCAGCUCUUUCUGAAGUGGAUACACAAAUGAAAAACCUUCCAGCAACAGCACAGGUCGCUGCCCAACAAGGACUUUACCUGGCCAACUGUUUCAACCGCAUGGAAGAGGCUGAAAAGAAUCCUGAAGGUCCUCUAAGGUUCAGGGCAACCGGUCGCCAUCGUUUUCACCCAUUCAGGUACAAGCAUCUUGGGCAAUUCGCUCCGCUAGGCGGAGAACAAACUGCAGCUCAACUUCCCGGGGACUGGGUUUCAAUUGGCCAUAGCACCCAGUGGCUUUGGUAUUCAGUGUAUGCAAGCAAACAAGUCAGCUGGCGCACAAGGAUGCUAGUGGUAUCCGACUGGAUAAAACGAUUUGUUUUUGGAAGGGAUUCUAGCCGAAUAUGAGGCUGCCAACAUGUUCUAACAGAGAUUUUCUUAUAUAUCAAGCUUUUCUGUUUUAGACAUAUACCACAGCAACUUUAGUCCAAUUUCUCUGCUACAUUUUGGUAAUUUUUUUCCACAAUUGUUCUUUACAUUGAUAUUAUAAACUGUUGAUGAUAUAACACAGCUUCAUUUUUUAUUUGAUCAAGUUUACUUUCAAUCUCCAUGUCUCCUAAUUAUAGGUGUAGGA